AUGCUGGGGGGAGGAAGGGAGGUGGGAAUUGCUCUUCAAGCUGCUCACUACAACACUGACAGGCGGAAGCACUUGCUUUUCCUGGUGUGCGCUGCUGCAAAAUGCUAUGAGAUUGACGAAAUAUCUAAUAUACUCGAAAAGAAACACAUCUUUUGGAGAAUAGUUGUAGAAAAAUUCAUUAACAAAAACGAAAUCGGCAAGUACUUGUCAUAUUCUGAGAGAUUAGCCAAAGACUUAAAAUAUUGGUUGAUUGGAAUUAACAGGCAAGUGGCUGAACGAUUGAAGCUGGGACAAUCUGUGGAACCAGAAGGAUUCGAUAGCGUAACAGUAUUCUUCUCUGAUGUAGUAAAGUUUACUAUUCUCGCAUCAAAAUGCUCUCCAUUUCAGGUGGUUAAUCUACUCAACGAUUUAUAUGGGAACUUUGAUGCAAUUAUCGAGGAACACAGCGCGUAUAAGGGAAAGGGAGUAAUGGAAACAUAUUGGGUCCAUGGCCGUCGUGGAGAGCAAGUCAGAGCCUACCAGAAUGAUAAAGAUUUCGAAGAGCAAGAAAAAACAGCAAAAGAAACAAAUGAGUGGAAUAGAAAUACCAAAACGCAGGAUAAAGGAUAUGAGGAGCUAAAUGGUUCAGACUGA